CUAAUUUGAGAUUUUUUAGGAUAAUAAACACUCCAACUUUUUUGUUCGACACAUUAUCAUAUCCCAAGAGUGCCAGCCUUCAAAAUGUUCAAGCCUUGCCUCGACUACUACAUCGCCCAGGAACACAGAAAUAUUACAUUAUUUUACCAAAGAACUCUGUACCUGCGGCUAUGCCAUUACAGACCCAAAUGGUGACAUCAAAAACUGCUCCACGUGCACCUAAAGUAAUACCAUCACAAAACCAGCUAUUGAUAAAAACAAAGACUUCUUCAGUAAUCCCGAAAAUUAGGAUGCCAUCAAAUAUAAAAAUUAUGAUGCCAUCAAAUACUGUUGGAUCUGGAUCUCCAACUUCACUGAAAGCAAUCCCAACCAAAUAUCUACUAAAUCCCCCGACAACUUUGUCAAAUGUACAUUCAAAUACACCAGUCGUAACCCAGAGUGAAUGUGCCUCGCCUACAUAUGUUAAUCCUUUCGACUAUACUCCUGAAGUAAAAAAUACUUCAUCGUCCAUUGGCACACAAAAAGUAGCCGAUGCAGUGAAAAAGGACCAAAAUAUAAAGCAAGAAAAACCAUUCGCUUGGGCCUGUAAAAUUUGCAAGCAAGAAUUCCAUGAAAAAGAACUUCUUCUGGAGCACUACGAAAUGCACAAGAAUACCACAGAUCAGCUUGGUGAUAUCGACGAAAAUAACGAUGCAUAUAACACAGGCAGCAAAGAUAUAAGUUGUCCAAUUUGUAUGACGACGUAUGAUACCAUAGAUAGUUAUCAAAAUCAUGUUGCUCGUAAACACAAACCAAAAGACCAUAGUUGUGGUACGUGUAAACAUACUUUUACUGACGAGUUUGACUUGAGUAUACAUAAUACCAAGCACAAUCAAGAUCCAGAAUUGUACGAGUGCGUGAUAUGCAAAGAGUUUCAAACAAAAGACACCAAGAUUUUAUACGAGCAUAUAUCCAAAGAGCAUGUAAAAGAGAAAAUGUAUUGCAAUGAAUGUAACAAGACGUUCUUAUCGAAGACGUGGUUCAAAGAUCAUAAAAUAUUUCACGUGGGCAUCAAUAAAAGAGAUACAUAUGAAUGUGGCCGAUGCGACUCUAAAUUCACGUCCAACUUUUCGUUGAUGGAACAUAUGCAAGAAGCCCACAUCAAAUACAAAUGCAAUGAGUGUGAUGUAACCUUUCCCUACAAGCUAAAUUUAGACAGACAUAACAGCCAUGUGCAUUUAAAAGAAAGACCUUUCCUUUGUAAUGAUUGUGGGAAAACAUUUCCAAAAUUAGAAAAUCUUAGGAGUCACGAAAUAGUCCAUAAAGCAGCUAGGUAUGUUUGUUUUGUUUGUGGUAAAAUAUUUAAGAAGAAAGAAGGCUUUGACCUUCAUAUGAGAGUUCAUACUGGGGAAAAACCACAUAAAUGCAAUAUCUGUGGUAAAGCUUUCAGGACCAAGACCGGUUGUAACACACAUCAGAAGCAAGUUCAUGGCGAGGGACCAUGGCGAGUCAAUACCAAGGAGAGACGAUAUCCUUGUUCCGAAUGUAACAAAUCUUUCUAUAAUACACACAUUCUUACGCAACAUAAGCGAGUCCAUACCGGGGAGAAACCAUUUUCUUGUUCCGUGUGUAAGAAACCUUUCGCUCAGGUAUCCGCUCUUAAGGUACAUGAGCGAAUUCAUACAGGCGAGAGACCAUAUCCUUGUUCCGUAUGUAAGAAAUCUUUCAUCGAUAAUGCGGCUAUUGUGAGACAUAUGCGAGUCCAUACCGGGGAGAAACCAUAUUCUUGUUCCAUAUGUAAGAAAGCUUUCUCCCAGUCAACCGCUCUUCAUGAACAUAUGAGAAUUCAUACCGGGGAGAGAUCAUAUCCUUGUUCCAAAUGUAAGAAAAAGUUUAUUACCAAAGCCGUGAAAGAUAAACAUGAGAAAAAGUGUAUGUAAUAAUUUUAAAUAGCAAGCAAUAGUGAUUUAACCCAGCCCUUAAGAAUGACAUUUGGGUGAUACAAUUCAUUGAGGCGAGGAGAAUUAACCCAUGUAAUCAGGAAUCACUCUACCCUGCUCCAAUGCUCCAUCCCCCCGAUAACACUCUGGUGCGCUAUAAGGGUCGCUCUCAAUCAGGAAAAUGCUUAUCACAUUAGAGUCCUGAGUACACGGACUCCCAGAUGAAAUCCUACCCCGAUCAAUGCAGGCCAGCGUGAGGUGCUCUAUUCCCGCUAUCUCAAGUGACUUAUCUUCGAUCUGUAUUGCUUGCUCGGGCGCCGAGUCCCUGCUCUGGGCUAAGUCCAGUUCGGUGACUCAUCGCUCGAGGAUGGGGGCCCCUCUUGCCCGUUUUUUUGGGUUUGGUUAGUAUUUUUGUGACUUGUGCCUGUUGUCAAUGUUUUAUUGAUUUUUUUAGCGACCGAAGCCGUUUUUUGAAUUUUUUUGUAGAAUUAGUUCCGUAGUUUUAAAUAUGUUUUAUUGCUCUUAAUAAAUUUUUUUUUAUAAA